AUGACUCGUGUUCGGUGGAGAAAGCGCAAUUGGAGUCCUGAUCCUGUGCUGCUGAAUACAUUCAAUGAUAUUACAAAAGGAAGUCGUUCGUUUACCGCACUUGAGGCGCAAAGAGCCAUAAAACAUUUUAAUGAUUUCACCGCGAAAGGAAAAGUGCCUGAUUAUAUGGCUGUCAAGAUGGCAUCAAUUGCAACAAUUCAUCUUGGCUGGGAAGAAGGCGAAAAAAUUCUGGAAAUGCAUUAUAUGUCCCAUGGUGCGGAAUUAAGAUUUGCUGGAGAAGCCUCAAUAAUGGAUAAACAGGUGGAAGGAGCUAUACAUCGAAUUUUCGAUAACAUAAGUGAAAACGCAUAUAAACUAGCUCAUCAGUUCUACUGUCGUCUUAUUGAUUUGAAGUUUUGUAAAGUGAAAGAUUGUGUUUUACGAAUCUUCAUACAAGAUUUACUCAAGAAGUAA